UGCCUUUUGAAAGAUUUCAAGUUUUUGAAAAAAUAACUUGGGGGCAAAGGGCGCACCGGGAAAUUUCGCGGUGUCCCGGUGGGCCAGUCCACUUCUGGGACGCAGCACUGAUUGGACAACUAUACCGGCCUUGUGCUUGCGUUUUUCUGAUUGGCCUACUUCGAUCCAAAACUGGGUAUAUAUUUUCCAUCUUGUUCUUUCGGACCCUUUUUCAGACGUUUCAUGCUCUAAGGAGUGUCAGACGAAAAGGUUUUAGCCAGCCAAUAUGUUAUAGAAUGUUUGCUUUUUUCAAAGCCAUUUUCAAGUUCUGCAUCGCCAAAAAUACCGUUCAAAUUAUAAAGUAAGAGAACAAGGAGAAAUUUGAUACGAACGGAACAAUACGUUUUGUAGAUAGCGAAGAAAUGGAAGUAGAAAAUGCAUUGAUUGACGAUGCUUCUGCUGCAGCCAAUGGUAAUAAAAAAGGGAAAUUUCCAGCAUUGCUAAACUUUUUUAUUCUUUUUGUGGAAGAAGGGAAUUAAUUGAAUAUGAGAAACAGAAACAACCAGGUUUCAGCUCCCAGACUACAGCACCCGUAGUGAAAAUAAAUUACCCAGGGUAAAGCAGUAUGCCAAACAGGCUUUGAUUUGUACUGUAAACCCUGGGACAGUGGUCCUACCACAAUUAAAUGAUGUAUAUUCAAUGCAAGAGGCAGCAAAAUGCGUAUUUCAUCAGCGCUAGAUAUUAGGGAAGAGCUGACAAAGAGAAAAAUUAAAGCUUGAGCCCUGCGAAUUCGGAUGGCAAUUGGAUCAGAAAGCGAAACAAUAUUUUCUAAAAUGGUCUACUUUUUGGGUCGUCGAACACUGUUUCGUUUGUCGUUAAGUUGCAGAAAUGGUGUGAUAGUAAGGUCAUCGAUGGUAUGUUUUUGGCUGCAGAAGUGUUCUGCAACACCAGAUUUGUCUAUAUUUUGUUGAUGUCUCGUCGGUGCUCGUUAAAUCUGUUAUCCAGUCGCUUGCUUUUUACGACCAAACAAUGCACUGAAAACAUCCUUCCAGCAAAGAACUUGCAAACCAUUAUUUGUUUGUGUAUCUAUCUCAUAUGAAACGGCUUUUGGAUUAUGUAUGUAGGUUGUUCCGAGUCGUUUGUUACAAACAACCUCCAACAACAACUCAGAACUGUAUACCUACAGGUAGUUGCAAUAGAAUGACGUCCAUGCGGCUUAUCUACUACUUAUAAACACCUCAAGAGAAGGCGUAUAUGUUAUAAAAAAGAAAAAUAACUACAGGUGUUUAUAUCAAGCAUUGAAUUAAGGUUUCAUUGUUCUUACGCAUCCGGUAACUGCCAAAAACGGACCUUUUACCUUGCCACAUUACAAUUAAUCCAGAUUGCCAAGUUGUUUUUCUGCAGGCAAGAGCUGGUGGAGUACCGAAAAGCCACCAUGGUGAAUGCAUCAAUGUUCUUUGCCAUUUUUUCAGUUUUUCAGUUAUCUGUUAUACGCAGCAACCUUGUAUCAAAAGGUUCUUAUUUUAUCGAGCUUGGAGAUGCACAAAAUGAAGGUUCUGAUCUCAACUUGGGUACAACAGUUUUUAGCAAGAACUUUCAUAAAUGCAGUCUAGUGAAAAGCUGUCGAUAUCUAUCACUGGAUACAAAUACAAAUAAAUACACUCAAAUAUCAAAUGAAGAUGAGAUACCAAAAAACAGAACUGGAUUCAAGAUCUGGAAGAAGAUUACUCCACAAGGACCAACAUAUCGAAGCUGCAAAGACGCAUACAAAGCAGGAAACCUUGGCAGCGGAGUCAUCAAGAUACGGUUACCAGGCGGGCAAUCUGCACAAGUAUACUGUGAUAUGGAAACAGACGGCGGAGGGUGGACUGUGAUUUUACGGAGGGUGACAAGUCUAACAAACUUUAACCGAACAUGGCAGGAAUGUGCACAAGGCUUUGGUGAUCUCGAGGGCAAUUUCUGGUUGGGACUGGACAUAAUCCACUAUUUGACAAGCCGUGACAAUGUCACCUUGAGAAUAGACCUUAAAGCGACAAACGGCACGCAGGGGUUUGCAAAGUAUACUGAAUUUCGCAUUGCAGGAAGGGAGACAGAGUACACAAUACAUAUUGAUGGUUACACAGGUGACAUUGGGGACUCUAUGACAACUGGGAGAAAAUUCUCAACUUGGGACAACGACAAUGAUAACAGAAACGAUCUUAAUUGUGCUGCUUCCCGCGCGGGGCCAUGGUGGUAUUGGAGCUGUUCUGGGGUCCGCUUAAUGAGUCUCUUCCCAACAGAGACAAAGAUACUAUACGAAAAAUUGAGAUGGGAAUCGUGGGGUGAUAUUUCCCAUAAGAUCGCUUUUGCAGAGAUGAAACUGCGAGAAUAGUUUGAUAAAGGCCACGACGAGAAAAAAGCACGGUGUUUAAGAGGGAGACACAUCUAGCACGUAGAUAAUGGAGGUCGACAGACUCCGUUUACACUGUGCCGGCUAAAAUUUUUCCGCAUAAAACUUCUUCGGAUUGAUUUGUGUUUACACUGUGCCGCAUAAAUUUUGUCCACUUUGCCCUCCCGUUUACACUGUGCCGGAUAACUGCAGUCACAUGACCUAAAUCAUGCACAGAACGCCCAAAAUGAAGUCUUCUCUGGGCAAGAAAAUAAUAACAAAACUCCCGCCAAUGUAAAAAGACUUCAUUUUCUCUUCAGAAUCAUUUGCUUAUCUUUUAGACCAAAUCCAAAAAUAUUGUCGAUAUAAAUUAGGCCUAGUUUGUUUUAAUAGUUUGUUCCUGAAACAAAAUGACACUGAACUAGCAACGAAAGUACCGACAAGGAUGCCAAUUUUACGUGAACUGGCAAGAUACUGUACUUUUCAAACGAGUAUUCAUCAACAACAAGGCAGCCAAGAUGGCGAAAUGUCUUGAUUGGAAGACAAUGAAAACUAAAUUAGAUGAAAUAGCCAAUCGCUUUCGAGCAAGAUACGAUGUUGAUAAAAUUUAUCCGGAUAAAAGCGUUUACACUGUACCACAUAGCUCUCCGAACUAAUUUAAUCCACUUUUCUAGGUGCACUAAUUUUGUUCGGAUAGCCGCUCUCAAAUUCGUGCGGAUAGCGUGGGUCUAGUGUAAACGCGGCGCCUAUCUGAACUAAUUUUGAUGCGGAUAAAAUUUAUCCGGCAUAGUGUAAACGGGAUCUAAAACUAACCCUGGUUGAUUUAACAUAGCCAGUUGGAGUCGUGCCUUAAAAAUUAUACCUACACUUACUUUUGACUGCAUUAAGCACCAAUAAAGUGAAGGAUGUAAAAGUUUAAAAAGAAACUCGAACAGGAUCAGAGUUAAUUUUCAGCUGGUCCACAAAAUCUUUGUUGGUAAAAUCGACUUUCAGUAGGCAAAAUAUCGCCCAAAUUUUCUUUCAUUUAUGUCUUCGUUGUUAUAUUUAACUAUGAGAGAGACAUGCACCUCCAACCCUAGUCUGAAAGGCCAAACUUCGUUACUGCAUGGUAAAAUCAAAUGUCAAAAAAUUAGUAUUUUCAAUACAAAUAGGACAGGUUUGCAGAAAGCAGGUCUUUUGUUCGUUUCAAGGGCCCAAAGUGCCUCUGACUCUCCAAUUUUUCCAUGAAAUGACAGGCAAAUUUUUCCGGAGAUGGCAAAGUUUAAAUUCUCAAAAGUCUAACAUCACGGCCUAUCUUCUCUAGUUAUUGCUUUCGUUUGUGUAUAUGCGUGUGUUGUUCUUUUGUGCAUUGCCUCACUACAUUUCCUUUAAAUGUUUCCAGCAAGCCCUGCUAUGUUGUCGAAUGCAUAUUGACUUAAUGUAGUACUUACGUAAGCUGAUAAUUAAUGCUUAGUGCACAUCUCGUGUUAAAUGCUUAUUUCCACAUAAACUGCUUUUGCUGCGUAACUGGUUGCAGCUCAGCGUUGACAUAAGAAUGCUUGUUGACUGUG